UUUUUAUUUUUUUUUCUAUCGUUUUUCGGUUUUCGUUGUUUUGAGGCUGGGUUUGGCGGGCUUGGAUGGCGGCGCUUGGGAGGAACGGUGAGAUGGAUGGAUGGGAGGGGCGGAGGGAAGAGAAGGCUGGCUGGAUGGAUGGAUGGAUGGAUGGAUGGAUGGAUGGACGGACGGCCGGUUGGUUGGGUGGGUGGGCAGGAGAUUGAUUGAAAGUCUCCGCGGCUAUAACGGGUUUUCUUUUUUCUUUUUCCGUGCAUUGUUGAUAUUGGUAUCAUUGGCUUCUACUCUUCCUCUCUUGGGCUAUGUUAUGCGCAACAGCAAAAACAACAACAACAACUACUACUACAUCCCCCCUCUCUUUCUCUCUCUAUCUCUCUAUUUCUCUUUUUCUUGUCUCUGGGCAGUAUAUACACGUACCUUAUCGCGAGCAGCAACGAGAGAUGGAAAAAAAGGAAAAGGCGGAACGAGGUGAAUAGGAAGGGUUAGGGGGAGCAGCAAAAUAGAGGCUAGGUCGGUUUUAUGGGUGGGUGUACUGUACAUAUACAUAUAUAUAUAAACAAACAUACAUAUAUACACGAGUGAUCAAUACCA